AUGGGAGAACGAACGAAUAUGGGGAACUGCUUGCCAUUAUUGUUCCCGAAUUUAUUGCGUGGCGAUGAUCGCUCUCCACUGGAAGAAGUCAUUGAUACUGCUAGUGGCAGCAAUACUACAAUGAGACAUUCCGAUUUAGAGAUACCAAGUGCAUAUAUAAAUGAACUUUGGAUCUCAGAAGCAAACGAUGGAAGAAGACAAGAAUUGUUGAUGGAAGAUCCUAAAAAGGCACACGUGUCAGCCCUACUAGAGCAGAUUCCUGCUGAUACGUAUAGCGAUACAUAUAAGCAAGAAGGAAAAAUGAGGGAUAUCGAAUGCCCAAUUUGCAUGGUAGAUUUCGUUGAUGGCGAUCCGAUUCGUUACUUGCCUUGUAUGCACUGUUAUCACAAGAACUGUGUGGAUGACUGGUUGAUGCGUUCUUUUAGUUGUCCAUCAUGCAUGGAGCCUGUUGAUUCCGCCAUGCUCUCAUCAUUUGCCGCACACACACUUAGAGGUUUAGAGGCAUUGACUUGUUGUCCAGCUACUUCUGGUAUGCAUCAUAGUUUGCCACCUUCGUAA